UUCAUCAGCAGCAACAGUGAGUCAGACACCUCGGUAGCUUGCUAGACAAAUUAGCCGAACCAAUAUAGCUCUUUAGACGCUUUCGUGUAUAUUAGCCACUGUGUUUUAAACCCAUUCCUGUCGUCUACUUAGUUAUCCGAUUUAAUUUCAUAUUUACGGUGUUGUUAUUAGUCAGCAAGCGGGCUGGUUAAGUUAGCAUUAGCCUAGCUAACAUCCCCGACCAUGCGGUCACUAAGCUACUCCCCUGCUAAAGGAGAGGGGGAUAUCACAGUAAAACAAGAAGUAGAGAGUGGGGCCUUUACUGUGAAAGAAGAGGACGCGUUCAGAGUGAAAGACGAGGAAGAUAUCACAGUAAAACAAGAAGUAGAGAGUGGGGCCUUUACUGUGAAAGAAGAGGAGGACGCGUUCAAAGUGAAAGACGAGGAAGAUAUCACAGUAAAACAAGAAGUAGAGAGUGGGGCCUUUAGUGUGAAAGAAGAGGAGGACGCGUUCAGAGUGAAAGAGGAGGAUGGUGUUACAGUGAAAGGAGAGCAUGUAGUUUAUGGCGUGAAAGAGGAGGGGGAGGAGAUGACUGUUACAUCGAAAAAGGGGGAAGAGGAGGAACGUGGAUAUCUGGUUCCGGUUUCCCAAACGCAUCUUAAGGCGUCCAAUGGUUCUAACGAUGAACUCAACCGUAAGAUGGUUUUGAGAAACCGUUCCCUGAUUAACACUAGAGAGAGACGUGACUAUCGUGGAUCCUCUGGGGAGCCUCAACAACCUCAUGAUGCUGAGGAGACAGAGAAGAGUCUCUCCACAUUAGAACACCUCAAUAAACACCCGCAGAGACCCACAGGGAAGAGAACUCACUGCUGCUCUGACUGUGGGAAGAGAUUCACAUCAUCAGGCAUUAAAAUUCAUCAGAGAACACACACAGGAGAGAAAUCUUAUAGCUGUGAUCAAUGUGGGAAGAGUUUUAAUUUAUCUGGCAAUCUGACUCAACACCAAAGAACACACACAGGAGAGAAACCUUAUAGCUGUGAUCAAUGUGGGAAGAGUUUUGCUCAAUCUGGCCAGCUGACCCGACACCAGAGAACACACACAGGAGAGAAACCUUAUAGCUGUAAUCAAUGUGGGAAGAGUUUUAAUUUAUCUGGCAAUCUGACUCAACACCAAAGAACACACACAGGAGAUAAACCUUAUAGCUGUGAUCAAUGUGGGAAGAGUUUUGUUUAUGCUUGCCAUCUGACUCAACACCAGAGAAUACACACAGGAGAGAAAUCUUAUAGCUGUGGUCAAUGUGGGAGGAGUUUUUGUCGAUCUGGAGAACUGACAGUGCACAAGAGAAUACACACAGGAGAGAAACCUUAUAGCUGUGAUCAAUGUGGGAAGAGUUUUGUUCAAUCUGGCCAGCUGACCCGACACCAGAGAACACACACAGGAGAGAAACCUUAUAGCUGUAAUCAAUGUGGGAAGAGUUUUGCUAGAUCUGGCUAUCUUACUUUACACCAGAGAACACACACAGGAGAGAAACGUUAUAGCUGUAAUCAAUGUGGGAAGAGUUUUACUAGAUCUGGCUAUCUGACUUUACACCAGAGAAUACACACAUAAGAUAAAUCCUUACAGCUGUGCUCAAUGUGGGAAGAGUUUUACUGAGUCUAGCACUGACUAAUCACCAUAGAACACACACAGGAGAGAAAUCUUAUAGCUGUGACCAGAGUUAAUCUGCUAAAAUAUCAGAAAAUACAUACAUGGAGUUGUUUCAUGAUAUCAAUGAAUUAAUGUCACAAUGUUUUAACAUUGUAUUAGUCUCAAUGUAGAAGCCUUCAGCGAGAUGCAGUGCCUUAGACCGCUGCGCCGCUCGUGUGAUAAAGGUGUGGGAUUCUGGGUAAUCCACAGCAGAUUUAUGGAGAACUUGAAAAUUGAGUGGUCCUGGGAUAGAAAUGUAUAAAAUUGACAUUACAUCAUUAAAUCCACGUUUUAAAUCAUACAUUAGCAAUUUAUGUUUUAGUAACUACUGUUGUUGGUUUGGCGUCAAGUCAGCCUCUUUGUAUGUUAUUUGCCAAAUCUCUGUUUUCCAUGUGGGUUUUAUGCUAAAGAUCCCUCUUUCAAGUUGGUAUCUAACUGGAAAAUGCAUCUUCUUUAGGAGUGCUAUUUGUACCCUGUUCACUACUGAUCGUUCAUCCACACUGUGGGGGCGGCAGGGUAGCCUAGUGGUUAGAGCAUUGGACUAGUAACCGAAAGGUUGCAAGUUCAAAUCUCCGAGCUGACAAGGGUCAUUUAUGACAAAAGUAUAAAGUAUAUGUUUUACAAACUCAUGAACACCAGCGAGUUUAUCAGCCCGGUUUUGUUAGUUUAGGUGUAUUAUACUUCUUCGCCACCUGAGGGGGACAUUGAGUAAUUUUCCAUGUCAAUUUGAUAUAUUUUGAUACUAAAAUGGAUGACGCGAUAUUCUGAUGUUGUGAAUAUGAGACACAUGGAAACAAUUGAUUCAUUUAUAAUAGUAAAUGAGGAAUUAGUAGGAAUUGUUAAAUCCACUAUACGAUCACAAUAACUUUGAUAGACAUUUCAACUGUUUUUUUUGUUAGUAUAUUACAGGGCAGAUUAAUGUAGAAUUGCUGUGGGAGUGGUAUUUAUAUCCCGUCACUACUGAUCAUUCAUCCAUACUGUGUGUGUCCCAUCAUUGCAGCUUUGGAAAUAAAUGAACUAUCCAUUCAUUGCUC